GCUCGUCACUGUCAUCAACUACCAUAAUUGCCGGUAUAGCAAACGCCAAUGGCUAGUAGAAGAAGACCCAGUGCACGACAAACUGCUAGUAAUAGACGGCUGCCUGUCAAAAGUCGUAUUCCUGGUCUUACGCAGCAACCUGGAAGCGCCAAUAUAGCACCUAAUUUAUCGUACACUCCCAUAUUUAGUACAGAACCACCGCGUGUACCACCUCCUGGGCAGCCCUCCUCUUCUGACUGGGAUUCUUACACUCCCUCACAACGCGAAUAUGUACAAGCAGAAGCAUGGAGCAAAUUAGCUGAAACAUGGAAACAAUGGCCCGAGUUUGAGAAAACAUGGGAAGGAGUGCGACAUCUCGGGAAGGGCGGAGCCGCUUCUGCAGAUCUGUAUCGAAAGAUUGGGCCUGGAAAGGGAACGGAAAGGAUGCCUGAGUAUGUUGUGAUCAAACAAGCUGACGGAUCAGACAAGGAUCUUCUGAGCGAAUCAUUGUUACUUCAAUUAUUUGUGGAUAGAAAUGCACCACAUAUUCUGAAGAUAUAUCGGGGAUACCAUGAAGGCGAGGCUUUACCACGUAAUAUUGGAGGAAUGUUUGAUAUCAGGAGAGAAAACUUCAAGAAGAGGCAAAAGAGGCGUCAAAGUAGGAUUUAUCUCGAAUUUUGCGAGAAUGGCGAUGUCGAAAACUGGAUGACAAGUCAUAUUGAAAAUUCCGGUACUAUACUUCAAGAGAAAGACAUCUGGAACAUAUUUGAGUGUUUAGCUCGAGCAUGCAUUGUGCUCGAGAGGGGAAGUGAGAAUUUAGAGGAUGAAAAUGAGCGAGCCUGGAUUCCCAUGUGCCACUUGGAUCUCAAACCGGCAAAUAUACUCAUUGGAGAUAAGGACGAAAGCCAUGAUAUCAGUAUCUUUAAGAUGGGAGACUUUGGUUUAGCAAGCCAUAUUCCUAAUGACCCACAAGAUCCCGGAUGGCUCGAACAAAUUGCUAACAACUUGACUCUCGGAUGGGGAAGCCCAGAACAAUUUUUUCCUCAAAUGAAGAACCGUUUCUACAGUACGCCUGCCAAUGUCUUUGGUAUAGCUGCAAUAGUAUAUUUCCUAAUGACAAAACAACAAGUCAGAAUAGGCCAAGAUAUGGCGUAUGUGGGAUUUCCAUCAUCUGACAGUGACUCUACAGUAGCGUUACGGACACUAGUGCUAACGUGCGGACGGGGCCUACUCGAUGAUCCCACUAUAAAACGCCAGGGUAUCUAUUCCAAAACUCUCAUAAGAACAUUACUCCAAUGUCUAGCGUAUUCACCCCAUGAGCGUAUGACAGCGGAACAAUUACUAGAUUUCUGUACCACUGGUAGAUUCCUUUGCAAGAAUAUGGAAGAGCAAUACAUAUAUGAAGAUAGCCAGCCAGUGACCAAUUACUGGCCAGAAAAAGCUGCGUCGAGCAUUCCAGGAUAUCAGGAUCCCAAAAAACUUUUGAAAUAUAAUCCAACCCACGAAUCCAUUGCAGAGGAAAAAGAGAGGGAAGAAAUAUUCCUGGCUUCCUUCUGGGUAACUCCGCCUAAACAAAUGGCACCGCCGACCUCGCUUUUGGCAAGUACCUUCAACUCUACGCUGAAUUUCAGCUCAAAUUCAGGUGCAAGUACAUCUCACAGUUUUGGAAAUCUGACCUCAGACUCACAAUUAGAUGCCUCCAAUUCUUUCGGAUUUGGAAAUAGCUCUGGCAUUAACUCCACUCCAGGGAGUGGCUUUAUGUUUGGACAGCAUCUGCCUCCAGAACCUCAGCUUGGCAGCUCAGAUAUUUUCGAUACUGGCGCAAGAAAUUUUCAGUUUGGACAAUAGUAGUCUUCGAAUGCUCACCGAGCAUUACUCAGUCUAGCAACCAAAAUAUUUUCCGAUCCA